AUGGAGGAUAUAAUAACGACGGGGUCAGGGAGUAAUGAUCGGAUGCAGCAGCAGCAACGCGGCGGUGGUCAGUCGUCGAGAGCCUCGCCCGUCCUUUGCGUGUUGGCCGGCUUGGCAUCCCUCAAGGGCGGCCAGCUCGUCACGUGCUGGUACAGUGAUCUUAAUCACGGAUAG